UUUGUUAUAAUUCUUAUAUAUGUAUAUAUCUCUAUAAGUUUCUUCUUGAUCUUCAUCUUAUCACUAUCUCUAUUAAUGGCUUCUUCUCUUCUUCUUCUUCUUAUCCUCUUCAUGUCUACCUCUUUAUGCUUGUCAAAUCCAGAUGCAGUGGGGAUUGUUGCAAAAGCCUUAGCAUGCUUCAAUGAUCACUAUGUUUACAACCAUUGUGAAGAGGCAUACAGACUAUCAGCAGAAGGGACCAUUCCUGUCCCUCCGGAGGGCACUGAUGUGUAUUGUAGUGGGCCAUGUCUUGCCGAAACUAAACUUGUGCUUAGUUGUCUUCAUGAUAUUUUCUAUAAUUUUCAAUUUUACAAUGGGGCUUCAAUCCAAGAUGUGAGAUAUACCCUUGAUGCCGGUUGUGGUUAUUCUGACAGAAGAGGUGAUUUUAAUGUUGGGGAACAUUUGGAAGGAGAUCCAUAUGGUUUUUAUUAUGACCAUGGAAACAAGAAAGCCAUUCCCAAUUACAUGUUGCUCUUUUACUCUUUCUUCUUGGCAAUAUGGGGGUAUUAUUAUUUCUAAUUAUCAUCACAUAAUCUUAAUUAAGUUAUGCAUCAAUGUUAUUAACUAUGGUCAUGUGAAUCAUCAAUAUUUAGUGAUUUGAUCAUGUACUUAAGUUUGAUCAACCCUUUGAAUGUUUUUGUUUUGUUUGGAUAUAUAUAGUUUGUACUUACUCUAUGUUAUGCA